CGUUUUCAACACGGGUUCCUGCAAGUAGAUAGAUUCAGUUCCUGCUGUAAAUCGAAUUCUGUAACGUUAGCUUAGUUUAGCAAACGUUAAGCAGAUUUUACAUCUUAAUAUACAUUUUAGUGGUACUAGCAUUAGCAACAUUACUGGUACAUAUUACACUCUGGCUCUGGCUAAAUGUGUAGUGUGUAUAGCUAGUCUGAUUUAAAUCAGGCUGUAAUACACAAUAAAUUAGUACCAAUUCAUACACAAUUGAAUGCUUGUAAACAAAAUUAUGAAUUUCGCGAAAACAAUCUUGUCAUUCUCAUGGCCUGUCAGUCCUUGCAUCCAAUGUGUCUGAAUUUGAAUGUUGGCCCUAGCUACAUUUCUCCAGCCACAUCCCAUCCAUUCUCUGCUAGGCCUAAUAAUGAUGGGGCUUCACAAUCAUAUUAUUGUGAAUGCAAAAUCAGAGAUGGAUCCAUAGGUCUAUAGUAAUGCCUUCAGUAUUGAUCAUUGUUAAAGUUAGAUAUGAAAAACACUGACACAACUACAUUAAAGUAUUCAAAUAAAAAUGUUUUUUCUUCUUACAUGCAGAAAUGACUGGUGGCAUCCUGCAUCACAUAGAAGAUGAACAGGGGUGGCUGGGGAAACAGAUUGAAGAAGGUGGAACAACUAGCUCAGUCCUUCCAGCAGUGGCCUUUGUCCUCUCGCUUCAAACCAAGGCUGUCCCGGCCAUGGCAGCCAUCCUCCAUAUGGAAGCUCUUCCCCCGUCAAUGUAUGGCUAUCACCUUUGCCCAGAGUUGCAGAGAGGACGUACACGUGUUUGCACUUGAGAAGGAACAGGCCAAGAUGGGUGGGAGGAUCUUCCUGGUCACCAGUUACAGUGAGCUAUGGCAUUACUACAGGCAUAUAACGGUGGAACUACUUUGUCUCAGAGCAGUUACUUGUCUACGGCAUCCUAAAGUAGAGCUGAUGUCAGAGUGUGGACCGGCUCCACAAAAGCAACAACAUCAUGAUGAGGAGGACCAGGCGUAUCUGAUGGACGAUGUGGGGAACAUUGAGCUCAGCUAGACACCCCCAGUGGAGAAGUACCAGGUGGGCUCAGCAGCAACACUUCCCCAGGGAGAAGGAUGCGAUCCUUGGGGAGAUGAGCUAGAUGACCAGGCCUACCUGGAGGCCCUGGAGGAUGUCGAGAGAAGAUCAGGCGAUUUGGCAGAGGAUGAUGUCCCAGAUGAGCUUCUGCUCCAAACCAUGACUGAGUUUCAGUCCCUCAA